CUCUUCUCUCUCUCUGUCUCUGUCUCUCUCUUCAGACCCCAAAAAAAAAAAAAGAAAGAAAGAAAACAGCAAAAGAAAAGGAAGUUCAUCUUUUCAUAGCUAAAGAAGCUAUGUCUUUGCGUAGACGAACCUUGCUCAAGGUCAUCGUUCUUGGUGACAGCGGGGUUGGUAAAACUUCAUUGAUGAAUCAAUAUGUACACAAAAAGUUUAGUCAGCAGUAUAAAGCUACAAUUGGAGCUGAUUUUGUGACAAAAGAACUCCAAAUUGAUGACCGACUUGUUACUCUACAAAUUUGGGACACUGCAGGGCAGGAGAGAUUUCAAAGCCUUGGGGUUGCGUUUUAUAGAGGGGCAGAUUGCUGUGUUUUAGUUUAUGAUGUUAAUGUUAUGAGAUCUUUUGAUACCCUUGACAAUUGGCAUGAAGAAUUUCUCAGACAGGCAAACCCUCCAGAUCCAAAGACUUUUCCAUUUAUAUUACUUGGUAACAAGAUUGAUAUAGAUGGUGGGAAUAGCAGAGUGGUUUCUGAGAAAAAAGCAAAGGAAUGGUGUGCUUCAAAAGGGAACAUCCCAUACUUUGAGACAUCUGCCAAGGAGGAUUACAAUGUUGAUGCUUCAUUCUUCUGUAUUGCAAAAACUGCUUUAGCCAACGAGCAUGAGCAGGAUAUAUACUUCCAAAAUAUUCCUGAGGCUGUUUCGGACACUGAGCAAAGAGGUGGUUGUGCUUGUUAACACAUCAUUUUUAGUCUGAGGGCCGAAUUUUACUUUGAUAAUCCUGACUAUUCUUUUGUAUCACUAAGCUAUGCUCUCCAUUCCAAGCGCUGACCUCCACAUGUAGACAUCAAAAUUUUUUUUAGCCAUGAUUCCCCCCCUUUUUUUCUUGUUUUGUUUUGUAUUCUUGAGGGAUCUGAAGAAUUGUAGUAUGUUAUUGACUCCUGUUUUCAGUUUCAAUUUAGACUGUUUUAUAUGUAUCAAUGUUGUUAUUUCA